CCCUNUCUAACUUUGAAGGAAUCUGUCAUUAUUGAGACCAGUCCUAAACUGAAGUCAUUACUUGGUUUUCCUGGGGACUUACUAAAUUCACGGCAGAUUGAAGAUUUUGUCCACCGUAAAGACUGGAGCACAUUCAGCAAUAAACUCGGUGAAUACAGGAGUGAAGCACAGUUUGAGCAAGGGACUAGCCAAGACUGGAGUGGAAAAGAACAUGAGAGUUUCUGCCUCAGAAUAAGGAAAUACAAAAGCCUCAGUCAGGGAUUUAGUCUGAGUCGGGACAUUGACUAUGCUGUCUUCUCCGCUCACUGUCAGAUUAUGUCCGUGGCGGUAAAAGACAUGGAGUCCCUAGACAGUGGUAUUCCUAGCAGCAGCAUCAAGACGGAAGAUUGUUGCUGGUAUCUUUUCAUGGGGUUGGAGCCACUGAAGUCGGCCUAUGAAGAUCUGCCAGAAGGGAAAGUUCCAGAAACUAAUGUAUUCUCCACACAACACAACACAAACUGUGCAUUUUGCCAAGUGGAAUUUGGGGUCAUACCUCUAAUGGGCUAUCUGCCUCAGGACCUCAUUGGGUCCUCCAUCUUCGACCUUUACCACCCUGAGGACAUUCCAGUGCUGCUGGAGGCGCACAAAGAGGCAAUCAAGACCAAUGGAGUUCCCUACAAAAGUCAACCAAUCAGAAUGCUGCCAAAAAACAAAUCUGAAAUUUUGGUUGAAACGGAAUGGUCUAGCUUCAUCAAUCCUUGGACCAAGAAACUGGAGUUUGUCCUUGGGAGACAUACUGUUAUAAGUGCUCCAAAGGACCCAAACGUCUUUCAUGAGCCUGAAAAUCAGUGGUGGAUCCGAACCAAGCAGGAAGAAUGGCGGAGAGCACAGUCCAAGCAGAUGGAAAUUAGGAAUCUGCUGGCAAAUCCUGAAUGUGCCUUGGUUGACCAACAGGAGCAGCCAACAGAUGUCGCUGAGACUCCUCCAGCAGGAGCAGAGCCGGGCCCUCCUGUCCCAGCCCCUUCUGGAAAAGAGCAAGACCAUAUAUUUAGCAAGAAUAAACAGAAGACACAGUCUUCAUCGUGUUCUAAGUCUGGCAGCUCUGAAGGUGGUAUUACAUAUGAGCAGUUCAACUAUACGCAGAAUAUUAAAAGGUUUUUAAUGAGCUGUCCAAAGACCCACUCCUCUGGUAAAUCUUCAGAACAAAAAAGUCGAUCUCCAACUGAUGAUGAUCAACAGGAUACUCUAAGUGAAGAUGAGUUAUAUUUGGAAGAAAACAUACCUGUGGAGAUGGUCCCCAAGCCACCAAGUUUUGGCAGCAGUACCAAGGUGGUGGUAUGUGAGCAGGAGCAACCUGAGGACCUCCUUCCUUACAGUCCUGGCCCAGUCAAACUGGAUAUAGACCUCAAUGAAGACAAGAAUGCUUCAUACGAAAUUAUCAAAGAAAAUGUGGAAACAGACUUUCCGGAGCAUCACAAACCUCCCUCGACUGUCACAGCUGCCAUCGAUUCCGGCACGGAGACGAGGCCAUCGUCCAUUGUUGCUGUGACUGUGGUGCCUGGUCACAGGUCCCUUGAAGGGAACAUACUGAUCACCAUGGAGGAAGAACAGCCCAAUCCCACUGGAGCCGCCGUGGCUGCGGCGGCUGCAGCAACAGCAGCAGCACUCGAAGCUGCAUCCGUGGCAAAAGUCAACUCUCAAGUCGCCACGUGUGACCUGACCUGUGAGAACUUGAACAUUUUCAAUAAAAUUCAGGAGAAAAUGGUGAUGCAGCAGCUACACAAGGAUAGAGACAGUUUUAUCCUCCUGGGGCGCAGCGGGGUCGAAGCCCAUGCCCCAGAGCAGCGGAGAAAAAGAGGGCACUCUGGCCCCUCUUCGGGUGACAAUACCAAAAAUCGCCAGCGGAAGCUGAUGAAGCACGAGAACUUGCAACGCUACUGCAGUGCUGUGAUGCCCAAACCAACCUUACCGAACAAGAUUUCUUCGACAGUUCAGAUUGCAACAGAGCCUGAGAUGUUACAAGUUGGUAAAAACAUCAUGGUACAAGAGAAUAAUGCUACUCCACCAAUUGUGCAUCACCCCCGUGCUGUUCAGGCGUCCACGGACCCCCACCACCACCAGUCUCUGUAUGCUCCUGGCUAUAUACCCUGUUUGCUCCAUGGGUAUACUAAUCUUGGUAUUCCAUGGCCCCAAGCGAACGUUACCCCUCCUCAGUUAUGUACGGGAUUUUGUCCCUCUGAGAUGAUUUUCCAGCCUGUGCAUCGGCCGGUUGCCCAGCAACAGAAUCGCAGACAUCAUGAGGAAAAGACUUCAUUGGGCAAUGGCAUUGAGUUUCAGGCCUCCACAUCGAAUAGUUUCAGCCCAGACACAUCUAGUUCUGGGUUCCUGACUCUUCCAAGCCAUAGUAAGACAUCCAGUAGGUAUCCAUUCGGUAUAGCCAAUGUACCAAAGUUGGGUAAUAAGGUGCUUAAAGGGUCUUCUAAGGGAACAGAAAGUACCAGCGUGUCCACGGACUUCUUACUAGAGAGUGACGGAAGUACUCCGAUGUCAGAGUCUGCCCAGACAAAGGAGUCGUCGGGAGACUCUGGAACAGUGUUAAAACUUGCGGAGGACCCCCCAUGGAUCUCAGCUGUUCCCUGGAAUAAGGACACCAUGAUGCGUUACCAGUUACAACCCAAAAGGCUCAAGUCUGUGCUUAAAUCAGAUCGUGUUACCAUGGAAACUGUCCUGCAGCCGGAACUGAUGACGUCGCAGUUCCACCAGUUACUGGAGGAUUUGGAGAACAAAAUUGCCGAAGAAAUGUCCCUGUCGUCCGACAGCUCUUCUCAGGGAGAGACGAAGGGGCAAGCCAGCAAGCUGUGCUACGUCGACUGUAACAGUGAGACGCACGACCACGGCGUCUCCAACGUGAUGCCCGAGACGGAGGCCAUGAGCGACAGCACCGACAGCAACAAUUCCAAAGGAAUGGUCCACGUGCAGAAGCCGCGCAAGAGUUGUUCCCACCGCCGGUCCAACACCGUGCAGACACCGCAGCAGCAGCAGCAGCAACAGCAGCAGCGCCUCGCGGAAACUAAAGAGGCUUUGGAGCAGGACCAAAGGGAGCACGGAGAACAAGGAGAGGAUCAGCUGCCCGAGAACGACGAGAAAGAUUCGAGCUCAAAAAGUGACGAUGGAGAGAAGAGCAUGUCGGAAGGAUCAAGCAUCGAUAAAAACUCUUGCGACAAAAUGGACGGUGCGCAAUCCGAGAAUUCGAAGGCGGAGAGCGAUAAGGCGGUGUCCAGCGAUUUGACGCCCAGCGAUGCUCGAAGUAAUGAAGAAGAGCAGAACAGCUCUCUGAAGGAAUCGGACCAUUCCUCCGGCGUUGAAAACACAAACGGCAAAGACCCCACUGAAGCCGUCAUGGACGACGUAAUGUCCCAGUUGUUUGUUCCCUUAAAAGCUCGCUUCCCGUGCAAGCAAAAGAUUGACCCAGUUUCUCCAUGGCUCAAAGAUUUCCAGUUCACAGAAUCCGCAGCCAAGGAGUAUCAAAUGGACAUGAAAACUUUAGAAGAGGUACUGGCGAAGGACAGCUUACAAAUGAAGCAGUUUGUUCAGCCCGCUAUGAUCGGGGCGCAGUUUGCCGAGUUAAGGGUAAGAUUAGAACAAGGCAACUCCACCUCUGAAUCUCCGAGUGCCGAUGCCAGGAAAGAAGAAUCCACUGCGGAGAAGAACCCAGGAAGUCCGUUCGGGAACCUGUUCUACCCGAUUCUAACCCAGAUGGGCAGCGACGGAGACGCCGUGGGCUCGCAGUGCGCCAUGUCCGUGGGAAGUGACGGCACGGACGGAAAGGGGACUUAGCGACUUGUGUGGUCGCAAAAAUUAAAAAUAAGAAAGAAAGAAAACUAAAGUGAAAUUAGGAAUACUCUGUAAAAAUGGUCAUUUGUAAAUGAACGGGCUGGCAUGCAUUUAAAUGACGAGACGGCAAAAAAGAAAGAAUUUUGAAAGCAGUGUUUUGCAUGCAAGUGUACGUGGAAAAGAAGAAGGAAAGUUAAUAUUUUUCGGCCUGAUAAUUUGACAUUUAACGUAACGUUUCUCUCGAAACCUCUUUUUGUAUGCUUGCCAAGAAUGGACGACAAAAAUAAAUGACCAAGAUAAAGGUAAUUGCUAAACUUCUGGGUCCAUUAAAAAUUUUGUGUCCAGUUGAUAUGUAUUUUUUUCGUAAUUUAUAAAAAGUUGGUAUACUGUAAGUAUGUCGCUGGGAAAACGUUAUUUAAAAAAAGCCAUGAGAAUGAAAAAACGUUGUGGAGGUAGCCCAGCUUGUUGGUUUGUACCUAUACUUUCUCUCUGGUAGAGAUUGUACCUUCUCUCUUCUCGGGUAGAGGUCUGCACUUUCUCAUAACGAGAAGUAAAACUGUUUCAUAUUUACGAAAGGACAAUAUGGGUAACUUGAGUACUAGAAAGCAUGGUGCUGACCAGAAUGUUGAUAGGUAAACGAGUGAAAGAAAAAAAUAACAACCCAGGCAUAUUAAAUAUAGACCAUUUGUGAUCGAUUUUGUAAUAUGUAUUAUUUAAUAAGUAAAAUGUAACACGGUAUAGUUAUGAUAUAGUGGUCUUUUUUUCCAUCCAAAAAUUAGACGGACAUCUUCAGCGAUCGCUGGCCGCAGUGUUUUAACAAUGACAGGACAAUAGAUGGCGUUGUGGUCAGUUGGAGGUUAUAUACGGACUUCUACUCCCUCCUCCCCCCCCCCCCAAAUUAUUGUUUUUCCAUCGUUUUCAGGAUGGACAAUGACGUCAUUCUAAAUUUUGUAUGGAAAAAUUGAACAGUUUAUGCAAUUUUGAUUUUACGUUCAGAGGAACUUAUUCCGAAAAUCGCAUAGCUUGUUUCUAAGUCGUUUAAAAUUUUAUGAACUCUAUAAAUAAAAUUCCUUAUUGUUCCUUGGUCGUUUUAUAUUUUAUGAAUGUUUAAAUAAACCCCCAAAAGCUUA